AUGAUGAUGAGGUUAUGGCCGAAAAAGCUGUUCUGGCUUAAGUGGGUUGCUGUCUGGCUAGUUGUUGUUUUAAUAUGUUGGCUGCUUAAGACAUACGGAGUGUACGAUUGGGUUUAUGCGCGCUUAAUUCGCAAGCCAAGUGAUGCUACUCCAGAUAAUCUGACUAAACCGACUAGAGUAGAUCAAGACACCCAAACAGAGCCUAUAACAACUCUGGAUGACAAACAGAAGAAGGAAAGUAGAGAGAAGAAACAGCCAGGAGCCAAAAUCAGUGAGAGUACAAGUUCUGCUGGCAUAAAUACUAACUUGUCUUUGGAUUCUCAGUCCAACCCACCACCACAACUCCACCCAAGCCAAGCCAACUCUAUACCAAGUAAUGAUGCUAAUGCGAAGUCAAAAAGCCAAGAAUCGGCAAGAAGUGCCAGUUCAACUGAAGUGGGUGUUAGUAUUGGGUUAGAAGAGAGGCCAGAAGAACAAGUGCAGCACUUAGCACCUGUCCAAGAAGAAGAUGAGGAAGAAGAAGUGAGUUCUCAACCAUCAACCAAUACUAAACUAACCCAAACCCAGCCACCCAACCCAACAACACCAGAUGCUCCACUAGUUAAGU